AUGGCCGCAUUCACAUACCCAAAGCCAGCUUCGGCCGGCGAUGUCCCAACUGUCUCGAUCGGCGCGGCCCUGAAGUUUGAGUGGGAAGGCACCAAAGGCGAUGACUACUAUACCAACUCGCAUUUGUUUCUUAUGAAGAACGACGACAACUAUACCUGUACGGAGCUGAAUUUGGGGAAGGUUUAUUGUCUCGACAUAACAGGUAGCUUAAAUGCAGAGGAUAAUUCAUUUUUCACCUGGAAGGUCACCACAGGAGAAUAUCCCGAGUAUCCUGAAGAUCAAGCUCCAUAUUUCUAUGCGAUCAUGGCGGGUUUCAAUAGCAGCGACGGCACUAGCAGCAACGGCAACGUCCUCGAGAAGUUCUAUGCCGACAGAUUCGACAUCUACCCAGAAGAUCAAAUCCCAACAACAACGUUUCAAGCACCACCUGCGGCCACAGAAACAAGCAGACCCGCACUCUCGUCCACAACCGAUACCCCUACAACGACAUCAGCACCGGUAUCUGCAACAACGACCCCCGCCUCAUCAUCAAGCGCAACCGCCACCCCAGCUUCCUCCUCCUCCGGUCUCAGCAGCGGCAGCAAAGCCGCCAUUGGCGUCGCUGUCGGCAUCGGCGUACCAUUGAUAAUCCUCCUGGCCGUCAUCGCGUUCUUCCUUCGCCGCCGGCGCAACAAGCGCAAUACUCCUCCAGCAUCCGUCUCUGGUCCUUCCGGCGUGGCACCUCCUUACGACGACAAGAACUCGAAGCAUUACUCAAGCGGCCCGUCGGAGCUCGCGACACCCAGCCAGCCCAGUGCAUGGGCCAGUCCGCAGCAGGGCGCUACAACACACCUUUCGACUGCGACGAAUCCGGGAACAUAUAGCGAUCAGAGCUGGCAGGGUCAGCAGAGCCAGCCAUUUUUGCAUGAGAUGAGUGCAGAUAAUAAUGCGCUUUCACCUCGGCGGUAG